GGAAAAAAAAACUUACAAGAAGGAAGUAGGAAGUUGGUGAACGUUGAAUAACACAAAAACGAUUCUGAAAUUACAAUAGACGUAAACUGGAAUGGCGGGUAUUAAAGCUCUGGUUGGGUUGUCCUUCAGUGGUGCCAUUGGUUUGACCUUUCUGCUACUCGGCUGUGCAUUGGAGGAGUAUGGGGUGUACUGGCCUCUCUUUGUCCUGUUCUUCUACGUGCUGUCUCCCAUCCCCAUCUUCAUAGCCAGAAGAAUGACAGAUGACUCAGAUGCUGCCAGCAAUGCGUGCAGAGAGCUGGCAUACUUCUUUACCACUGGGAUUGUGGUCUCUGCAUUUGGGAUGCCUCUUGUACUGGCCCGAAAAGACGUAAUCAAGUUGGGGGCGUGUGGUCUGGUGAUGGCUGGCAAUGGGGUUAUCUUUUCCACCAUCCUUGGCUUCUUCCUAGUGUUUGGAAGAGGAGAUGACUUCAGCUGGGAGCAGUGGUAGAGGGCCUGUGCUACCCAGGCUGACAUAAACUGACAGGAAGGAUUGAAAGAGGGACCCAGCCAAUCAGUCACUUACUGAGAUGCAGAGUGGCUAAUAGCUUUCAGCUGUAUGAAAUGGGCUACAAAGGAAUGCUAUGGCUUCUUAUAUUCUUAUAGUUCUUAUAUCACUACUAAUGGAUGUGUUACCAAGUUGAUGUGUGGGGAUGGAUUAGCAGGAGAGCACUAAAUGGUCUUCUGUUGGUGUCUUUCUAGUCACUUAUAAAGACAAAGUCCCAGUUGCUUUGCUCUUUUCCCCAAUCAUGCUUCGCCACACCAUCACCAAAGUGAGAAGAAUCUUCAAAAUCAUCGAUUUACUAGCAGCUAGCCACCUUUCUAUCACUGUAUGUCUGAGUUAAUUGGUAUAUAAAGGGAUGUUUAUGAAUGGUUUUGUUUUAACCUCCACUUCCUACUUAUUUUAAUUGUGACUGUCAUUUCAAGCAAUCCCAGUAUGGUGGGGAACUAUUAUAUAAUCAUGGGAAGAUCUGUUGACGUAAAAAUAUCGUAUUUUACUUAUUCAUUAUGCUGCAAGACUAAAUAGCCUUAUUUUAUGUCCUGUUGCAAAUGUUUACAUUAUCACCAAAGGCCAUUUAAACUGUAGGAUUGACUGAUUCACUUCUCAGAUUGUCUAUUUUCAUGAUGCACAGGUGUUUGAUGUUAACUCAGAAGCCACUGGUCAAUUUGCAUACACAGAGCAGACCAGUCAUGAUGUGGAUGUAAAUCUCGGCCAAUCAUUUUGUGUAAUGGAUUUUAUUCUGUGUUGAAUGUACACUACAUACUUGCUGUUUUUAGAAAAGACUUGUCUAUUUUGUCCUAAACAAAAAGCUCCUUUUUCUAUGUUUCAGCAAGGUUAUACAGUAGUUGCCUAUUUGUAUAUUUCCUAUAGAUUUAGAAUGAGGUGUUUGUAGAAAAUGUGUGCGUCACUUUUUAUGUGUUUACCAUGAUAUAUCGUGGUGUAUUUGUAGAAGGAUGUUGUGCUCUCAAGUCUUGCAUGGUCAUGUGACAGACCAAAGAAUUAGAACGUAGCUUUUUUGUGACAUAGGGUUAGGUAUCAAUUGGAUAGCAAUUUGGACAUAUAAUAUUGACAUGUAUGACCUUGCUUAACCCUCACACACUCAAAAAACAUUCAAGUUGUUGCUCAUCUACAAAAUUCUUGACACUAUUUAAAACAUCAAUCAAGAUUAGACAGCUG